ACCACUACUGCAGCAACAACAACCACAACUGCUACACCAACAACCACAACCAUGGCUUCAACCACUACAUCUACUGUCCCCACAACAACUAAAGCACCAACAACCACUACGACAGCAACAACAACCGCUCCACCAACAACCACUACGACAGCAACAACAACCGCUCCACCAACAACCACAACCAUGGUUUCAACCACUACAUCUGCUGCCCCCUCAACUGCACAUGGCUUCAACUACUACAUCGACUGCCCCCACAACAACUGGGAGUGGAAUGGGAAUACUGCAGCAACAGCUACCACUACUGCAGCAACCACAACGAUGACUGCUCCACCAACAACCGCAACUAUGGCUUCAAGCACUACAUUUACUGCCCCCACAACAACUACAAUACCAACAACCACUACUGCAGCAAAAACAACUACAACUUCUGCACCAACAACCGCAACCAUGGCUUCAACCACUACAUCUACUACAUCUAGUCUUCCCACAACAACUGCAGCAACACCUACCACUACUGCAGCAACAACGAACACUGCUCCACCAACCACCACAACCAUGGCUUCAACCACUAUAUCUACUGCCCCCACAACUGCAGCACCAACAACCACAACUGCUCCACCCACCACCAGCCACUCCAACUAUGGCUCCAACAGCCACAACUGCUCAACUGUCCACCACAACUCUGACAACCGGAACUACUGCCCCAACAACAAAAUCUACACAGACUACUACAACCAUAAAGCCAACCACAAAAACGACAACAAAAUCUACGCUGACUACUACAACCAUAAAGCCAACCACAAAAACUACAACAAAAUCUACACCGACUUCUACAACCAUAAAGCCAACCACAAAAACUACAACAAAAUCUACACCGACUUCUACAACCAUGAAGCCAACCACAAAAACGACAACAAAGUCUACAACAACUACUACAAUCAUAAAGCCAAUCACAAAACCUACAGCUGCUACUAG